AUGGACUACGAUCCAGAUGGCGGCCAGAUAAACGUCCGCUUCCUCCAGGCGGACAAUCAGCGCGCACACUUCAUUGUCCAAAACUUUAACCUGGAAACCGCAAAUGCACUGCGCCGUGUUAUGCUCGCCGAGAUCCCGACCCUUGCCAUCGAUGUCGUUGAAGUGUUUGACAACACAUCGGUUCUUGCCGACGAGUUUGUGUGCCACCGCCUGGGUCUCAUCCCCUUGUGUUCAAAGGGCGUAGAUGACCUGCUGUAUUCGCGUGACUGCGACUGCGAAGGCUACUGCGACAACUGCAGCGUUGUCCUGACUCUCAACGCAAAAUGCACAGGCAGCGAGGUCAUGAAGGUGUAUGCGCGCGAUCUGGUCAUCGAGUCAAGGCCGCCAAAUGACGAGGUGGGACGACCAGUCAUUACCGACUCCGAGGGCACGGGCAGCUGCAUCGUGAAGCUACGCCGGGGCCAGGCCAUUAACAUGAAGUGCAUCGCGAAGAAGGGUAUUGCAAAGGAACACGCAAAAUGGGCGCCUAGUGCGGCCAUUGGGUUCGAGUACGACCCUGCGAACAAGCUGCACCAUUUGGACUACUGGCACGAGGAAGAUGCGGAGAAGGAGUGGCCCAAAGACGAAGCCCGUAUCAACCUCGACGGCGGCCCACCCAACCCCGAUGAGCCUUUCAACUACAACGCCGUGCCCACGCGCUUCUUCUACGACGUCGAGACAGUGGGUGGUAUUGAGCCUGAUCAGAUUGUCACAAAAGGAAUUUCACGAUUACAAAUCAAACUCGCCGAAGUCCUUAAAGAACUUUCUGGUGGCGUUGGAGACCCCGAGGAUUUUGGUGGCGCCCAAAGCCCCAUGCUGAACGGGGGAGGCUAUGGCGAUGCGGGAGGCUACACACCUGUAGGAGGCCCUGGAGGCUAUGGCGGCGCCAGCUCAUGGGGUGGCGCGGCGCAAGGCGGAACCACGCCAUAUGGUGCUACGCCUUAUGGCCAGGGCUGGUAG